GCCACCUUCUCUUACCAUUUGGGCUUGAAGACUUCAGUUUUUCCAAGUCUCUGCGUUUUGAAUCUACGGUUCGAGCUUUACACCGAUGGAUGACGUUGAGAUACCUCAAUAUUUCAUCUGUCCCAUAUCGCUUCAGAUCAUGAAAGACCCUGUUACAGCCGUUACCGGCAUUACCUACGACAGGGAGAGCAUAGAGAAAUGGCUGAAGACGCCCAAGGGCAUCACCUGCCCUGUAACGAAGCAGGUUUUGCCGUCCGGUUCCGAAUUGACGCCGAACCACAUACUCCGUCAGUUGAUUCAGGCUUGGUGCACGGCGAAUACUGGAGACGGUGUCGAUAAGGUCCCUACCCUGAUGUCUCCUUUAUGUAGGAUUCGUCUUCUUGAACUCAUCCGUGAAUUAGACGUUCCUGGUUUGUACGCAAAUGCUUUGAACGAAAUGGAAGUCCUAGCGAAGGACAUUGAGAGGAACAAGAAGUUCAUGGAGGACGCUGGUGUAGCCAAAGCUGUGAUCUUGUUGCUGAUAAGAUGCUACAAUGAAAGUAAAACGAUCGGUGUCGAACAAGCUUUGAGGAUUCUCUUUCUUGUUUGGACACCAUCGAGUGAAAUCAAGGCACUUUUAGAUGAAAAUCAUCAGCUAAUCGACUGUCUAACGUGGAUUCUCGGGUGCGAGAUAGAGAAUCACGUCGUCACCAAGACUCUCUCAAUGCAAGCGUUGAAACGGGUGAUCGAGGCAUCGAAUACGAGGUUGUUGGAGAAAUUGAAACCCGAGUUCAUGAAACAAAUGUUAAGGGUACUUAAAUCGAGAAUCUCUCAACAAGCGACCAAAUCUGCCUUACAAGUUUUGAUCCAAGUGUGUCUUCAAGGAAGAAACAAGACGAAGAUGGUCGACGACAACGCGAUCUUUGAGCUCGUUGAAUUGGAACUCGAGAAACCCGAAAAGAACAUAUCGGAACUGAUCUUCAACCUAUUGGCACACCUAUGUUCAUGCGCCGAGGGUAGAGCCGAGUUUCUUCGCCAUGCGGGAAGCAUAGCGAUGGUGGCGAAAAGGAUCCUGAGAGUUUCGCCAACAACCGAUGAUCAAGCGGUUUUCAUACUCUCAUCGAUCUCGAAAAAUGCAGCAACAAAAGAAGUGCUCUUAGAGAUGUUGAGGGUUGGGGCAGUGACAAAGCUGUGCAUGGUAAUUCAAGCAGAUUGCCCAACAUAUCUGAAACACAAAGCCAGAGGGGUCCUCAGAUUGCACUCUAAUUUGUGGAGUGAUUCUCCUUGUAUUGAUGUUUAUCUAUUAACUAGGUACCAAAGGUAACCUUGGUAACAAAAGUAAAAAAAAAAAGUAUUACAUUUUAUGGUUAAAAACAUCAUAAUUUAUCAAUAAAUAUAUAUACAAUAUUCAUCAAU